CUUCAGUCUACGUAAAUUUAACAUGCAGCUAGUAAAAGUGCUACUGCUAACACAUCGUCACAAUUGGAAGAAUUUGCAACUCUGACACAACUACAACAUACAAUAUAUAUGAUGCGGGGCUGCACGGUCCUCCCCUGUGGAUGGCCCGCUUGCACGCUCUUUUCCGCGCAUAUUUUCGCGGAUUCUAGUGGUGGAAAGCGUCAAAACUGGGCGCGGGCGUCCCCUUGCGCCUCUCUGCAUGUUCCUCAGGGACCUCGUGGCCUCUGCUGACCCUCGCAGGCUGGAGGCCUCCAGGGGAGAAGGCCGCCGAAGGCGGUCACGGUCUCCAGAGCAAGCAGGGCCAGGAGGGUACAGGCCACACGGCUCAGGGGGUCCAGCCUUGCGCCUUUUGCCGGCUUCGGAGGCCUUCCACACCCGGCGCACUGCUGCGGCGGCGAAGCACGUCGGAAGCCUGUCGAGUACAUGCAGGCGGCUGGAGUGGAAGGGAGCGGAGGGGGCCCCUUGGGCCCCUGGGAAAAGGCAGGCGCAGCGCGUCGUCUUCCGCACAGAAUGAAGCGCAAUACGAGACAGCGGCAGCAAGCCGAACCGAAGCGUCCCCUUUGGUUGCAGCAAUCGACAGCUUCGCAGGUCUGUAGGGUACAUGCAAAGGCCAUCCGGGUCUCUCGCGACCCCUCUGGAAGCCUUCCACUCCCGGCAGACGGCUCCCAAAAGGGUCCGGGGCGACGGUACGCCCCCCCUGCGCUAGGAGGGGCGCCGUCGCCCUGAGCGUUGGAACAUAUAAAUAUUCCCAUACGAUAACUUCUCUUUUGAAUCUAGAACAACGCAAGAUAAUGCCUUCGUCUUUCUCCUCUUCUUCGUAUUCGUUGCAGGACCCCCGUGCCGCAGUCAUAGUUGACCCACACGCACAAGCGUCGGGGGCAUCAUCCUCCUCAUCCUCCUCUGCUACCAAUGGCAAGCGUCCGCCGCAGAUUCUCGAGGAAGAUAACGCCAAGCGCAGCCGCGGGGAAGUUACUAUUGAGAGGAGUUCGCUGCGGUCAGGUGAGGGCGACCACGUAACUCUGGACUCGCUGACUGAGACAGGCAUAGCCGACGAUGAGGAAGCAACGGAAAUGUGCGUGAUCUGCUUGGACGAGGUGGAUUAUAUGUUAAGGCCUGUUUUGUAAUUGUCUUUAUUGGAAAAGAAAAGACAAAGGAUAGCGCUACUACUUAGAAAUAGAUGUGGUUGCGGAAGCUUCUUGCUCCGGGCCAGCUGUGUCUUUCUUGUUUCUUUCAUUCAUUGGGGAUCAAGAUGAUACUACCUACUGACGUCAAUGUCACUCACGCUGAUACAUCUGAGACGAAUCUACUUGCCUGAUACAUUAGCCACCUGUGUAGCAGUCAUCUCGUUGUGAUCAUUCAACUCAAAAAAAAUCGAUCUCUAAUCCCCGUUUUGAAGAUGACAGCUUGCGGUCACUAUUUCUGCGGAGCAGAAUGCCGAGACAGAAAUCGGAGCCAGCACGGACGUUGUCCCUCGUGUCGUUGUCCGACGAAACACAAGCGGAAGACGGAAUUGGAGAAAAUCCGGCCUCGGUUGCGUCCGGCUGAUAAGUAUGAGGACUACAAGCAGCGCAUCGACCAGGACAUACGAGGCUCAGAGGAGGUAAACAGCAUGCGCAGGAGGCGCCAGCAGAAGGACAAAAUCGCAGAAAAUCAGCGGCAUCUGCAGAAUUGGAAGGAGAUUAUAGAAGCCUAUGGCGGUUUCGCGGAAGAAGGAUCAGAAGAGCGACCGGAAUCAUCUGAAGACAAAAAUCAGGGCGCAUUUGAUGAUGCGCAAAUACAGGCUGCUGUCGCAGCUUCGCUUCGCGAGAGCCAGGAAAGAAACGCUUCAUCUGCGUCACUCUCAGGGAACAACGCUGGAACUAGUUCGUCCUCGUCUUCACGCUCAGCACGACCAGCCCCCGCUUCUCAUAAUGUUGAACCUUCAUCAUCGUCGUCAUCAUCCGGCUCCAGCAGCUCACUUUCGACGAGGAACGCUGCUGCUGCCCCUACGCGAAGCGCCGCGCAAGCACCUAGCGUCAACGCAGGAACCGCGGGAAGAAGCUACUUCGGAGGUAGCGUGUUCUCUGAGAAUUCGCAGGCCAGCAUCUCACUGCGCCAAGGCUGCCCGCGUUCUCAUUUUCCGACGACCCUUUCCAGAUAA